AACUACAACACAAAGUCUUUGUCGAAAUGAAUACAAUGUUACAGGACUAUGUAAUAGACAAUCAUGUCCUUUAGCAAAUAGUCGAUACGCGACUGUUCGUGAAAUAGAUGGUAUUGAAAAAAAUUGUCAAUUUUUGGAUAUCAGUAUAUUAUAUUUAUAUACAAAAAUUAUAGAGAGAGCGCAUACACCAGCACGUAUGUGGCAACGAACUAAGUUAUCCAAAAAUUAUGCUAAAGCGUUAGAACAAAUUGAUAAAGAGUUAAUAUAUUGGCCAAGUUUUUUAAUUCAUAAAUGUAAACAACGCGUAACCAAAAUCACUCAAUACUUGAUACGGAUGAGAAAAUUAAAACUUAAAGAAAGACCUCAACUUAUUGGAAUUAAAAAGAAGAUUGAAAGACGUGAAGCUACACGGGAAAGAAAAGCUGAAGAAGCAGCAAGAAUAGAGAAAUCAAUUGAAAAAGAAUUGAUUAAUCGUUUGAAAAGUAAAGCUUAUGGUGAUAAUCCAUUAAAUGUUAAUGAAGAAGUUUGGAAAUCAGUUUUAGAGG